UAUCCAGCGGAGCACAGCGUCCAUAGAUAAAGAUACUGUGUCAUCAAGCUGCUAACUGUACAAAAUGACAGUAAUUUUCAUGUUAAGUUUCAUACUAACUUACAUGCGUCCAGUUCAGUUAUUUUGUUUUAAUGAAACUAGUGUCCUAGAAGACGGCUUCUAUUUGGGAAACAGUUUAUUUGGCAUCAUUGAGGGAAGGGUGGUUGUGCGGGAGUGUGCUUUUGAAUGUUACGCUCAUUCUGGUUGUUCUUCAUUCGGAUUCGAACCUGGGCUUCACCUGUGCCACCUUCACAUGGAAAACAGUUCUACGACCCAACUUUCGCGGAAACAACGCUGGAAACACAGUGAUAUUUCUUGGUGGCCAAAGGAGCUUAUGGGUCCGUGUGCAGAUCACACGUGUCCAUCAGGGAGGCGAUGUAGUGUGCAUCGUGUGACUAGAGCGCCGUUGUGUUUGAAAGAUAAUGUCUACCAACCGGAUGUAUGUUCUGAAGAACCUCUUCUCAACGCAGUCUGCAGUUCUGAAUCCAAGCUGGCAGGAGGUGUGAGGUCAUGUACCUGUCACACAAACUACAGAGAUGUAACGCUGGACGUCGUCAGUGUCAACAACACCUGCAUGGCCGAUGGCAGCUGGACUCAACCUUUGAUUAACUGCACAGGUCCUUACAUCAGACUGACCACGCCCAGUAUCGGUACGUACACAUUCCAACAGAUAUCAACAAGCAAUCUUCAAACUAUCACUGGCGGCACCUCUACCCUGGUAUUUCUGGUCAAGACGUGCCACGAUGCCAACUUUGCCCUGCACACAAAUCCCAACACGAAUACUAUUGCUACGUAUGAGGUGGUUUGGUGGGUUUGGGAACCAGAAGUCCGUUAUCCGUGAAUGCCUGCUAUGCACAGUCAUGGAAGUUUAUGUUGAAUCAUCUAUUGUAUCCUGCAACGAGUACAGGCCAUUUUGGCUCAGCUGGAAGAAUGGCGUCAUCUCUGCAGGGAAAGGCCUAGUUGCCGGAAACCAGACAUUUAUGCAAUGGACCCCAACUAGCCCCAUUGUCAUCAAUCACGUUAGCAUCAGCACAUAUAUUAAUAAUCCUGGCACGUGGCUCUUCCUACAGCAAUAAGAUUCCUUAAUAUAUACCUUCAUUAUAUUCUAAACAGUAAGAAACAACUGUCUGAUAACCCGCGUACAUGCAUAUUGUAAUCCCAUCGUCGGGCUGUGACGUCAUAGAUGCGAGACGACGGCCAUUUCCCUCUGUUUACAGUGCUUGUAUCUAAUUGUUUGAACUUCAUUCUAGAAGUUGGUGAGUCAAAAAUGAAACAUAACUACAUGGAUGACAACUUCUUGCUUAUUGCAUAGAGCCGAUUACAUACCAUCGGCAUUUGAAGAAUUAUUCAAACUAUAGACUCUGCCAAAGCAUCCUCUCAACUUGUUGUUACUUUAAUCCCCCUUGUUUAUUGUCGUAUAUUU